CAAUUUCAAUUUCCAAAUUUCAAUUUUUAGUUUUCGACCGUCCCCGACUCCGACUUGGCGACUCCCUCCCGGUGCGGCGUGGAGUGACUACGUGCCGCGACUCCCUCCAAGCCAGUAUUCAGUAAACACUUGCUGGAACUGCAUAUUUUAUUUGGGUCGCCCUAUGGAUCUUUUGUCUAAAGUAUAUUCUAGUGCUUCAGACGAAGAUGAAGAUGGCAAUGGCAAAGCUGAACAAAAGGCACUCACGUGGCAUCCUCAGAAGCGGGCCAAAUUCGAACCAUUUAACCAAAACUUUAAACCCGUGCCAGUGUUUCAGCCAAAUAUCGACCCAAAUCUUCCAUUGGAUGGUCCUAUUCCCGGGAGGUACAUCUCUAAGCGAGAGCGGAGCAUAUUGGCCUCUGCUUCAACGGUUUCCAACCCGAUCCAGCCUCCCUCUCCAAUAACACCAGUUUUGGGAACCAUUUCUGUUUCAGAUCUUCCUCAGAAUAUUUUAUCAGCAUUGAGGCGCCAAUCUAACAUAAAUACACACAUAGGCCAAAUGCCUAAAGGACUGUCAGUAACUCUUGAUGGGCACACAAAAUCUGUUAAUGCUGUACAAUGGUCGAGAAGUCAUGCUCACCUUCUUGCAUCUGCUGGUAUGGAUCAAACUAUCUGCAUAUGGAAUGUUUGGAGUAAAGAUAAUAAGAAAGCAUGCAUGUUCAACUAUCACAGUGCUGCUGUCAAAGAUGUGAAAUGGUCACAUCAUGGGCUGUUUGUGCUCUCUUGUGGAUAUGAUUGCUCAUCAAGGCUAAUAGACGUUGAAAAAGGAAUACAGAGUCAGAUUUUCAAGGAGGACCAAGUUGUUGGAGUUGUAAAAUUUCAUCCAAACAAUUCCAAUCUCUUCAUAUCUGGAGGGUCUAGAGGUGGCCUUAAAUUGUGGGAUAUUAGAUCUGGAAAAGUGGUCCAUCAAUACGUACGAAAUCUUGGUCCAAUCCUUGAUGUGGAAUUCACCGUUGAUGCCAAGCAAUUGAUCUCUUCAAGUGAUGUUUCCAGAAGCAACAUCAGUGAGAACUCGAUUAUCAUUUGGGACGUUUCACGGGAAAUUCCCUUAUCUAACCAGGUGUAUGGUGAAGCAUAUACCUGCCCGUCUAUUAGAUGCCACCCUUCUGAGCCAUAUUUUAUUGCACAAUCAAACGGAAACUAUAUAGCAAUCUUCUCUACAACACAUCCGUUCAGACUUGACAAAUAUAGAAGAUAUGAAAGCCAUAGUGUUUCCGGAUUCCCUAUCAAAUGCAGUUUCAACUUGGACGGAAAUAUUGUUGCAUCUGGCUCCUCAGAUGGAUACAUCUACUUUUACAACACAAAAACCUGUCAGCUGAACAAAAAGUUGAAAGCAUAUGAUCAAGCCUGUAUAGACGCUGUUUUCCAUCCUGUGAUGCCAAAUGUUGUUGCAUCUUGUAGUUGGAAUGGACAAGUUUCUGUUUUUGAGUGAGGUUUCCAGAUUUAGGUUGUUUUUGUAGGAGUUUCUGUUUAUUGUACAAUAUACUAGAAGUUCACA